GCAACCCGAAACCCUUCUCCUUUCUUCAGCUAGACCUCCGAGUCUCCCCAAUUUCAAAGCAAAGCAUCAAUUUUGGGACCUCUGUGCUUCUCGCAGUUUCAGCUCAAAUCACCCAAGCAGGUUUCACUGUCUAUGUAAAACUAUCAGCUACUAGAAUACCCCCUUUUGAAUCAGAAGAAGUUGGCAUUAAUUUUGAGUUGGACAUUUUCGGACUCAUAAUAUUAAAGAAGUUGAGUUCUUAGGAUGGCACUGGUUGUGAUAUGUGGGCAGCCCUGCAGUGGGAAGUCAAUGGCUGCCGCCUGCCUAGCUGAGGCUCUGAAAGAAUCAGGGUCGAGUCAUACAGUCAGGGUUAUUGACGAAACUUCGUUUCAUCUUGACCGGAAUCAGAGCUAUGCCAAUAUGCCUGCGGAGAAGAACUUACGAGGGGUGCUGAGGUCUGAAGUUGAUAGAUCAGUGUCGGGAGAUAGUAUUAUAAUAGUGGAUUCUUUGAAUAGCAUCAAGGGUUAUAGGUAUGAGCUUUGGUGUUUGGCUCGUGCUGCAGGGAUAAGGUAUUGUGUGUUGUAUUGUGAUGCUGAUGAAACCCAUUGUAAGAAGUGGAAUGAGGAGCGUAGUGAGAAGGGAGAAGAUGCCUAUAAUGAUAAGAUAUUUGAGGAUUUGGUAAGAAGAUUUGAGACACCAGAUAGAAGAAAUCGGUGGGAUUCUCCUUUGUUUGAGUUAUGGCCACAUAGAGAAGGUAUAGUAGGAUCUUCAGCUGCUAUUUUAGAUGCGAUUUUGUAUCUGACUAAGAAGGUGGACUCAAAGACACGCGAUGUGAAAACAUUGCAGCCAACUAUUGCAACACAGAACACACGGUUUUCAGAGGCAAACUCUCUGUAUGAGCUGGACCGAGCAACACAAGAGGUGUCCAAUGCUAUUGUGGAAGCACAAUCACAGGCACUUGGAGGGCCUUUAAAUGGAGUUUCUGUUGGUCAGGGGUUACCACCUAUCAAUAUCUCUAGACCAGUAGGGCUUCCAGAGCUUCGAAGCUUACGCCGAACUUUCAUAAAAUUGACAGGGCAAACGAGUUUAAGUGGGCGACCGCCACCUUCAGAUGCAGACAGCGCAAAGAGGAUGUUUGUUGAUUACUUGAACAGGGAACUGGCAAAUUCAUGAGCGAGGAAAAAAAGUACAAUGCUAUUCAGUUUUGAUACAGGUCUAGGUUUCUCCAGAUUCUUAUGCUGAUAAAACAUGGAUAAACCAAUCCUGAAUUGAUAAGAAUUGCUGCUGUUUCUCCUAGCAUUAUACAGAUGUAUGUUGUAGUCGUGCUCAUCAGUCAUCAUUGUUGUACUACCAUUCUUACAUGUAUUAUUGAAAACUUGUUCUUCAUUUCGCUUACUCAGUUUUACUUGUAGCAGUUGGAUUUUCUUAACAAUUUGAUAGCAUGGUCUUGAAUUUUGAAUC